AAUGCUUACCAGCUUACACUUGGCCGCAGUUCUCACGUGGAUGGGGCCGGCAGCGGAACUGUAAAAGCAAUACUGCAGCAUGGCCACAAAAGUUGACAUCAAGUACACGCAGCUGUUCAUUAACAAUGAAUUUGUUAAUUCAGUUUCUGGGAAGACAUUUCCAGUUUAUAACCCUGCAAAUGAAGAAAAAAUUGCAGAUGUGUAUGAAGGAGACAAGGCAGAUGUAGAUAAAGCAGUUGCUGCAGCCAAAGAAGCAUUCAAGAGGGGUUCAGAAUGGAGAACAAUGGAUGCCUCUAAACGAGCAGUUCUGAUGCAUAAGUUAGCAGACUUGAUGAUGAGGGAUAUUCAGUACUUGACAGUUCUACGAGUAAUGGAAGGAGGGAAGGUCUCUUCAGCCUCUUAUUCGGAAGUAGUAUAUGCUGCUGAUACUCUGCGUUAUGCUGCUGGUUGGGCUGACAAAAUUCACGGUCAGACCAUCCCCACAGAUGGCCCUUACUUCACCUACACACGGAAAGAACCUGUUGGUGUGGUUGGCCAAAUAAUACCGUGGAAUGCCCCAGUACUGAUGGCUGCAUGGAAGUUAGCUCCUGCUUUUGCCACAGGUUGUACUGUAGUGCUAAAGCCUGCUGAAGACACACCUCUCUGUGCAUUAUAUAUUGCAGCCCUGUGCAAAGAAGCUGGCUUUCCUGCUGGUGUUGUUAAUGUUGUCCCAGGCUAUGGACCAACUGCAGGAGCUGCCAUUGCUUCACAUCCUGACAUUGCCAAAGUGGCUUUCACAGGUUCUGUUGCGUGUGGGGGAUUGAAGAAUAAAAGUACUAAAGAUGUUAAAAAAGUUCAAGAUACUCACAAAAGUAAAGUGAAAAAUACUGUUAGUAUAAUUCAUCAAAAUAUUGGGGGAUUGAAGAAUAAAAUUGAUGAGCUUCUGCUUUGUUUAGAAGAUAUAGAAACCAAGAAUGUAAUAGAUAUACUAUGCCUGUCUGAGCAUCACAUUGUCACUGAUAUGCAAAAGGUUGGAAAAUCUAUUAUGGCAGCAGCAGCACAGUCUAACCUGAAGAAAGUCUCAUUGGAGCUGGGUGGUAAAAGUCCUUUGAUAAUACUUCCCGAUGCUGACAUUGAUGAAGCAGUGAACAUAGCACAUGAUUGUGUAUUUGUCAAUCAGGGACAAGCUUGCUGUGCAGGAACAAGAACAUUUGUGCAUGAAAACAUAUAUGAUGAAUUUGUUAAGAAAGCCAAAGCAAAAGCUGAAGCAAGAAAGGUUGGUGAUCCCUUUGAAGAUGGUGUUGUUCAAGGUCCUCAGAUCAAUCAGAAAAUGAUGAAUAAGGUUCUGGACUAUAUUAAAUCAGGAAAGGAACAAGGAGCUCACAUCGAAUGUGGUGGAGAACGUUUGGGUACAACAGGUUAUUUUAUCAAGCCAACAGUCUUCUCAAAUGUUACUGAUGACAUGAAAAUUGCAAAAGAGGAGAUAUUUGGACCAGUUCAGAGUAUUUUAAAAUUCAAAACUCUUGAGGAAGCCAUUGAAAGAGCAAACAAUACUUCUUAUGGGUUGGCUGCUGGAAUCUUGACAAAAGAUAUCAAUAGUGCACUCACUUGUGCAAAUGCUUUAGAAGCUGGGAGUAUCUGGGUCAACUGCUUCCUUGUUAUUCCUGUUCAGGCACCAUUUGGUGGAUAUAAAGAAUCUGGAAUUGGUAGGGAAAUGGGAGAAGAAACACUACAUGAAUACUUAGAAGUGAAGACCGUUUCUGUGAAGCUCCCAUCCAAGUCUUGAAGUGUUUCCAUGAAAUGAAACAAGGCUUUGCUACUUUUAUAAUAUCACAGAACCAGCAGUAUUGUUUGUUAAAAUAAUUAUUUUUCAGGAUAAUUUCUAAUAAAGUAAAUAAUUUGCAAUUUUUAAUAAACUGUUUACUAAUUUAUA